CUGGUAGGGCGUCGUGCGCUUCAAGUGUACAGGAUCGAUGUGGAGCACCAUUCAGAAGUAGGGGGAUACAUACCGAUAGACGGGAGGGACGUGUGCUGUCAUUUCACCGCUUUAACAGUGUUGAGUGAGAGAAGAUAAAGUGUGCAGAGAUAGAGAUCGUAGCACCUCCCACGUCAUAUCUUUGGUAUCAGGAGCUUCAGCGAGAGAGAGAUAGAAAUAGAGAGAGACAGAGAGAGACCGCUGUGGUUGUGGAAAUCGGACGACAUGAGCUCGAGACUACAUGAAUCGUGUAAAAUGCAGUAAGACGCUUUCGGCGUUCGACUUUCAUCCGUCUCGACCGAGGACAUACAAACGAAACUAUUCUUUAAGUUCAGGUGUAAUAUUGUCUGCAACCUGAAGGGGGCAGAAUGCCAGAGCAGAGUAAUGAUUACCGCGUGGUGGUGUUCGGAGCGGGGGGAGUGGGUAAGAGCUCCUUGGUGCUGCGCUUCGUCAAGGGCACCUUUAGGGACACCUAUAUCCCCACCGUGGAGGACACCUACAGGCAGGUGAUAAGCUGUGACAAGAGCGUGUGCACCCUUCAGAUCACAGACACCACCGGGAGCCACCAGUUCCCUGCCAUGCAGCGCCUGUCCAUCUCCAAAGGCCAUGCCUUCAUCCUGGUCUACUCCAUUACAAGCAAACAAUCACUGGAGGAACUCAAGCCCAUCUACCAACAGGUACUGGCUAUCAAGGGAAACGUGGAGGCCAUUCCCAUCAUGCUGGUGGGCAACAAGAGUGAUGAGACCCAGCGGGAAGUGGAGACCAAGGACGGGGAGGCGCAGGCCACUCAGUGGAAAUGUGCCUUCAUGGAGACCUCAGCCAAGACCAACCACAAUGUCACUGAGCUCUUCCAGGAGCUCCUUAACUUGGAUAAGAAGAGGAACAUGAGCCUCAACAUUGACGGCAAGCGCUCCGGGAAGCAGUCCCGCGCAGAGAGACUGAAGGGCAAGUGUAGUGUGAUGUAAAAAGGAGGGGCAGAGAGGGGAGGAGAAACUGAUAAAGGGACGGAAGAGGAAGGAGGAAGGGAUGGGAAGGUGAGAGGCAAAAAAAGAAAGGUUGAAGAUGGAGCUCUUCUUAGCCAGCCCCUCUGAUCUUAUAACCAGGACCAAAGUCCUUUCAACAUACUAAUUAACCCUAAUGUUGUGGAUAUAGUGAAUAUAUAGCUAUGAAUUCAGUCACAAGACUGGAACUAACUCACAGCCUUACUAAAUUCCAUCCAACACCAAAAUCCCAGCACCAGGAGUCCCGGACCCCACUGGUGGGGUGUGGUAGUGUUGUCCUUAUGGACUCUACAACAAAAUUCACAAAUUAUAUCUGAUACCUAUACACUGGAGCUGGAUGAGGGUGCCCUUAGGCACUGGCCCCAGGUCAGUCUGGCUUUCUUCUACAAGUGCUAACGCUUAGGGUCUGGAACGGUCAGCUCUUUCACCUCUAUCCCCCUGCCAUCCCCCCACCCCACCCCCACCUCAUGUAGGAUAGAGGUAGAUCUUAACUGUCCCCCAACUAACAUUAUUAAAACCUGGAGAAUCUUUCAGCUGUCAAAAUGGUAUACUGUUGACAGAACUGGGAAGCAGGUCUAGAACUGUUCUGGAGAAUCAGAGGACUUUGAGGUUUUCAGGUUGACUGCAUGGCUGCUGGAUGAAUCCGUUGUGUCCUCAACAGAACCUUGUGGAGGAUGGAAUCUGGUCGAACAUUCUGGUUUAAGGAAUGCAAGAGUAAUAAAUGUUGUUAUGAGAACGUUUAUGGGAAAGAUUAUUAAUCAGUUGAAAGUGGAUUGGGAUGAUUCAGAUUAGUAAAUUGGUAAUGUCAGUUUGCUUUGACCCUGUGUUAUUUUUAUUUAUUUAUUUUGUAGAAUGGAUUUCCUGUGGCCUUUCGUUUCUUUGUGAACUAUUUUGGAAAGCUUUUAAAACCUCUGAGAAUUUGAAUCCAACAAGCACAGAGACUAUGAAGCUUUGGAGCAGAAGGUUUUCAGGGGUGACCAGAGCUAGACCUCUUGCCAAUAAGUACUCCUGUUCCCAUGUCUAUCUGAUCAAACUCUCAUUGUACUGUACCUCACAAGGCUUAGAGAGGUAUUGCCAGGGAAUAGUGUAUUAACACAUACACACACACAAGAUGGUUUGGUGUUACACAACCACAGCCUCACAAAAAUAUCUGAAUGCCCUCAGACCCACCAGAGAGACAUGCCUACGAUCCCUUAUGUUGCACUCUCUGAACAAAGUGAAGGAAUAUCUCUAGAGAGACUACAGCUGUUCUGGGAGAUCCAAAGUAUAGGUAAUCAGUCUAGGCUCUGGAAUACAGAAGCACAACAAAAUGUAUCGUAUAGACGUAUCCAUAUGUGUUUGUUAUUGUUUUGUACCUUUUUCUUCUGUUGAUCUAAUCUCGUGGGAUUCACAUCUUAUUUGACCAAAGGUGGAGAAGGUCCCGCUGUCCUUGAGUUUCAAAAACAGUACCAGCAGAGGGCGUCA